AUGAAAGAAAAAAUUGAACUUGCCCCUGCCACUGCAAUUAUGGUAUUCAAGGAAUCAGAAGCAAUGGCCAAGUUGAAGCAAGAAGAAGUGGAAAGGGGAUUCGAACUAUUUCAAUUCAGCUUCCCAUUUCGUCGAUUGCAACAACUAGGCAACCUUUAUCAUGCAUCAUACCCCAACUUAAUAAGGUUGGAGCCAUUGGAAGACAUAUAUGUUCAUGGUGUUCAUGAUGCUGAAGAACUCAUCCAUGUCCUUGGAGACAUAGAAGCAUUUAUUGCCAUUGAUCACACCCGCCUACCUGUGAAACUCAUUGUCAUUGAUUCCAUUGCUGCAUUGUUCCGAUCACAGUAUCAGACAACACCGGCAUAUUUGAAACGGCGGUCUGAAAUGUUCUUCAACAUAUCUGGGACAUUGAAGGGUUUAGCAAAUAAGUAUGGGUUGGCAGUGGUUGUCACCAACCAAGUGGUGGAUUUUAUUGGGCCACAUCAUGGAGUGAAUGGGGUGAGGUUGGGAAACUUGGAGUCCCUGGACACAUCAGGCAGACGGCUGAGUCCAGCUUUGGGACUGGCUUGGGCACAUUGCAUAAAUUCAAGAGUGUUCUUGGCAAGACAUGAGCAAUCUAUUGAGGUUGACAUUCGCAAUGCUCCUUCAACAAGUGCUUUUAUUGUGGCCUGCGGAACCGCACCUUGA